AUGUCCUAUAUUGAGUUGUUCCCUCUCCUACUACAAAAUUCAUUAGUAGUACCUUGCCCGAUAAAGCCUGUAGAACCACCAUAUCCUAGGGGAUACGAUACUAAUUCCAAAUGUGACUAUCACGCAGGAGCUAUUGGUCACUCCCUCGAGAAUUGUAGAGCUCUGAAAUUUAAGGUACAAAGUUUGAUUAAGGCUGGAUGGUUAAGUUUCAAAGAGGAUAAUCCCAAUAUCGGGAACAAUCCUCUACCAGGGCAUGGAGGGCCUAUAGUUAAUUCUAUUGAGGAGAAUAAAGAACAACUCAUGAUAAGGAGAGUGAAGGAUGUAAAAACUCCCUUAAACCUCAUUUUUGAGGAGAUGUGUAAGUUUGGGAUGUUGGUAGGAAGUCAUGGUAAAGAUGAGGGGUGUGGAUUGCAUCCUGGUAAGAGUCACAAGAUUGAUGAAUGUGACGAGUUUAAACAAAUUCUACAAGAUUUAAUGGAUAAGCAAAUUAUACAGGUUGGCUAUUCUGAAAGUCAUGUGUGGGCUAUGGAUUCAAAUGUAGGUUUCCCAAAGCCCCUAGUUGUUCAUUAUACCAGGGGUAAGAAUAUUUUGAAUGUUGACAGACCAAAGCCUAUCACAAUACAAGUACCAAGAGCUUUUCCCUAUAAGGACAAUAAAGUAGUGCCAUGGAGAUAUGGUGCAAAAGUUUGCAUUGAUGCCUCUGAAGAGAGAUUAGACGCCACUGACAUCACAAAUGUUGCUGGGAUUGGUGGAAUGACUCGAAGUGGUCGAAUUUACACUCUUGAGGAGUUGAAAAUCAAACAAGCUAAAGAGGUAGAGAAGAGUCAUGAGAAAGGAAAGGAAGUGGUGGAUGAAAGGGUAAUCAAAGAGCAAGAAGAGGAGAAGAAGGAAGUCUCCAAUGAAGAGGCAUAUGAGUUUCUAAAACUCAUACGACAAAGUGAGUACACAGUGAUUGAUCAGUUGAACCGAAUCUCUUCCAGAAUAUCACUUUUGUCACUGAUGACGAAUUCUGAACCCCAUAGAAGAAUAUUGUUGAAGAUAUUAAAUGAAGCGCAUGUCGUUCAUGACAUAUCCGAGGAGAAAUUCGAAGGUAUUGUUGGAAAUAUCACUGCCAAUAACUACCUUACCUUUACUGAUGAUGAGAUACCAGAGGAAAGAGCAGGGCACAAUAGGGCUUUGCAUAUAUCAGUAAAAUGA